GCAGCCGCGAAUGACAGUCUGACCAGUCUGAUCUCUUUGUGAGAAAAUCUUCAUUAAGUGAUCUACUUUUCAAACGAAUAUGUUGAGGCUCCAGAACAUUGGAAGACGUCACGUGCUUUGUUCAUCUCUCCAUCGAAUGUGAGCAGAACGCUUCAUUUCUUCCCUCCGAUAAACAUUUGAGGAAAGUAAUUCCAACGACGACAUAGAAAGGGGUUGAUAAAGAUGCUAUCCAUAUUACGCAAGGCACGACUCAAGGACAAGGAGAUGAGGAUUCUGAUGCUCGGACUGGACAAUGCUGGCAAGACCACGAUAGUCAAAAGAAUUAUGGGCGAAGAUGUCAAUACUGUGAGCCCAACACUGGGUUUCAUCAUCAAAACUAUUGAGCAUUCCGGUUACAAGCUGAACAUUUGGGAUGUCGGUGGUCAAAAGACUCUCCGAUCAUACUGGAGAAACUAUUUUGAGAAGACUGAUGCGUUGAUAUGGGUGGUUGAUGCCACCGACCGUCUACGCAUUGAAGAUUGCAAGGAAGAGUUGCAUGCUUUACUCCAGGAAGAGAGACUUUCUGGGGCGAGUCUUCUUGUUUUUGCCAACAAGACAGAUGUGAACGGCUGCAUGACCAAGACAGAAAUAAAAGAUAUGUUGGUGCUAGAUGAAAUUCGGACGCACAAAUGGCACAUCAUCAAUUGCAGCGCGAUCACAGGCGAGAAUUUGGACGAAGGAUUGACUUGGGUUGUCGAAGACUCCAAGGAACGAUUAUUUCUAUAUUGAUGUCGGUGAACGAGUCGGAAAAGUUCACUACGACCGAAAUAGAGGACCUACUAGGAACCGACCGUGCCUACCUACCUAUGCGGAAGUCCUAGACCACUGGUGGAUCUCCGAAAUUCGUUCAACCCAAUACUAGGAAUAUCCCAUUCAACCCAUUUAGUGGCAUAGUUACGAAAAGAAGAGUUUUGUUUGUUUAUUUUAAUUUGGGACUUCUCUAGUGCCAU